AUGAGGAUCGAGCAUCCUAAAGUAUCACUCCUCGGCGUGGACUGGCUAAACAUCCUUGGUGUCGGCCAAUCCAAUAUUGGAGGGGAAGGCUACCCACCAUGGGACUGGGCGCUCGGCAUGUCCGCUUCUCUCGCGUUCACCGGCUUAACGCAUGUUGUGUCCACGGUAAAGGAAACGCAGAAAGGCUGGAGGCAUGUGUAUAGUUACCGGCUGGACGGAGAUUCAUGGAAGCGCUGGACUGCACUCAAUACCGAUUUCGGCCUAUCAAAUGGGUCAGUCGAGACGGCCUCCGCAGACGAUGAGCAAGUAACCAGUGUCUACGACUGGCUCAAGAACACGGACCAUCAGCCAACAUCUUCAUCGAUCGGUUGGACCGGUAACCUGACGCUCGUACUGCCAGUACUGAACACUGUCUGCACGCCAAUGGAGUCAUUGAACCCGGAGGCGUCAAUCGUUGUGCGGCCGCCAGCUAGGAACGAAUCGUCGGAAGCCGUGAUCAUGACCGAUUUUGGACCAGUCCCAUCCCUAGGCUUUGCCGGUGCCACUUGUUCCAGCUUAUUCCGACAUGGAUUAUACGCAGUCAAUGUGUGGAUCGUGGAUAGGGAAAGUCCCGACCUUAGCUUCAACCAUUACGGUGCUGAAUUGAACCAGAAGAUCGUUUACGGCCGCGCAACUGCAAGCGACUUUGAUGUUGCCAAUGGAGUAGGUAUGCAGGCACGGGACGUCAUGCCGAGGCUUGAGCUAUUGGUUCCAUCAACAAGAUUGCUGCCGCAAUUCCUAUUGAUGAGUCGCAACCUACAGGCAAUCGAUCCACUUGUGAACUCCGACGCCAUGGGCCUGUCGAUCGUCAUGGGGAUCCUGUUCCAGAACAUACUCAGCAUGAGCAACAAGUACUGGUCUCCUCUUCCGUCGUCUCUGCCUUCCCAAUCGGAAGAUAAGAUUGUAUCCUAUCCCAUUCAAUGGCAACUGUACGGGUCCAGUCCGCGUCUGAGCUGGGAGUGGGUAGCCGUUGCCGUCCUCGCGAUCGUACUGUUGUCGUCUUGCUUUGGCAUAUAUCAAACACUGCGGUACUGGAUGGCACCGGGUCCGUGGGUGCAGCUUGAUGGUAUAAUGAUGAUUGCGCAGCGAAGCCCGAAGCUUGAGGGUAUUGGAGAUGAGGAAACGGCGCGGAAAAGGAUUUACUCAGUAGAAGAGAAUGGGAGUGGGGUAUUGAUACUCAAGAGUAGAGCAGGGUAG